GACCAAAGAGGUACCUGUAGGAUAGGACACAUAGCUGAAGAUCCCAAGUGUAAUGCUAACUUAACUUGAUAUGUAACAAUGCAAUCUGACAACACUGUAAUGAGAGAGAAGGUAGAAAGCGAGUGGCUGGCGUGUGCGUCGGGAGUGGCGUCCAAAAACGGAGAAUAAAAACCUGUGGUAAAAGACGAUUAUUUUUGGUAUUUAAUACUGUUCCGAACUCUACAAUUGGCGACGAGGAUGGGAUUCAAGGUAAGAAUUCGUUUUCGUGAAAUCGCAUAUAAAAAUGCCAGGAAAAACUUGUUGAAAUCCGUGUUAGUUUUGCUAAAGAAGAAGAAGAAGGAGACGUAGCCGACGGCAGAAAAGUCUGCUUCAAUAGAUUCUCAGCCAUCGGUUUACUGUUACUACUGUAUGUGUGUGAACUGUUUGAUUUAUUUGGCAAUCAUUGAUGAUGGUGAUGAUUAUCAGCAAGUCGGGAAUGUUUACGAAAUGUGUUUUGGGAACGGAAAAAAAAAGUGAAACGUGCAGGCAGGAAGUGCUGGAGCAUUUUGAUGCUCCUGAUGCUGCUGAUAAGCAUUUUGUUAUUAAAUUGGUGAAUUGGUUCUUUUUUUUUGGAUGAAAGAAUGACGAAGUGAUAUAUGUGCGGGAUGUAUGUACCUGUGGGAGUAACAGGAGGGAAGAAAACAAGAUUUUCUUCCGGGUGCUGAUGAUUUAGUGCGUACCUGUUGGCAGACAGGAGGGGAGAAAGUGUUUUCACCCGGGUGCUUAUGACAUCGUUUGUACCUGCUAAAGCAGGAGGUGAAUAAUGAUUGAUUCACGGGUGCCUAAUUAGAAUGUUGGAUAAAUGAAAAUGCACGUACCUGUUAUUUCAACAGGAGGGGAGCAUGUUGAGCUCCCGGGCGCUUGUAUUUGUACCUGUGCAUUGAUAGGUGGUGAACACUGUUUCACGGGCUAAGCAAUGGAAUAAUAUUGUAUAUUGUUUAUAUGGGCUAAUGAAGGAUAAUAAAGAUUAAGAAAAAAAUAGGGUUGGACGUUUUUCUGUUAGUUUGCAAUUGUGUUUACUGUUGAUUUCAGAUGGAAGACUCUCGUCCGCUGCCGCAGUUUCGCUGCGACGAGAUUGAAAAACAGAAGUUGCACAAAGAAUGGAAGACCUGGAAGUGUGCCUUGGAGUGUUACUUUGACGCAUACGGGAUUUGCGAUCAACAACAAAGAAGGGCAAAGCUUCUGCACUUGGGUGGCCCGCAGUUGCAGCGCGUCUUCCAGAAUCUGCCGGACCGUGAGAACUUCCCGUUAGUGUCGCUCGAAAAACAGUGGUACGAUGUGGCUAUCAAUGCUCUGGAUGCAUUCUUUCAGCCGUAUCGCCAAGAUUGUCUCGAGCGGUACAAAUUGCGCCAAAUCAAACAGAAGAAGAGCGUUUUGCAGAUUUCAUGCUCCGCCUGCGUCAGCAGGUAUCUGAUUGCGGCUUCGAUAAAUAUUCCGAGGAUGUUAAGGACGUUCUGACGGAGGUCUUUUUGAUCGACGCAAUUAUUGAAGGGUGUCAAUCCCAGGAGCUUCGACGUCGAAUACUGCAGCAGGAUAGGGCGUUGGCUGAAAUCGAGGCUUUAGGUGUGACACUGGAAGGGAUUGACAACCAGGUCAAAGGUUUUGGUGGAAGAUAUAAGCAAAAUGAAGCAGAUCAGAGGGUAUUCAGGAUCGGUGCUGCACAAAUUCCGUUUCAUAAGAGGAGAAACCAGCAGGAGCAGGAGAAGCGCAAAUUCGGUGCAAGGGAUGGAAUCAAAUGCUUCAACUGUGCGCGACGUGAUCAUAUCUCGACAUCUGAAACAUGCCCAGCCAGAGGUAAAGUCUGCCGAACUUGUAAGAUCGUCGGACAUUUUGAAUCAUGCUGUCGGUCACGUAAGUUUGGUAAGGCACCCGCGGAAGCUAAGAAGGUACGAGCGGUAGAAGAGUCGGGACCCGUUGCUCUUCCGGGAGAUGAAUCAAUUGAGUCUGCUUCCAAAACUUAUUACACCUUCCACGCCGGAAAUGAGAGCAACGUGAUUGCCUGUAAUGUUGGUGGUGUCCAGUUGAAUUUGCUUGUGGACUCUGGCUCGGAUGUGAAUUUGAUUCCUGAUAAUGUGUGGGAGUACCUCAAACAGGCAAAGGUAACUGUUCAGCAGUGCGUAAAGGGAAGUGACAAGGUGCUGAAAGGAUACGCUAACGACAACCCGCUACCGAUUCUAGGCACAUUCAGGGCGAAUGUGGACGUGGGCCAGAAAACCGUGCAGGCAGAAUUCUACGUGAUUGUUGGCGGUCAACGAAGCAUCUUCGGUGACAAGACUGCAAAAGAAUUGGGAAUUCUUUAUGUGGGUCUGCAUGUUAACCAAAUCGAUUCAGCGGUUGUUCCCUUCCCGAAGAUCAAGGAUGUACAAGUGCAAAUCCACACCGAUCCGGAUAUCAAGCCCGUUUUCCAACCAGUCAGGCGUGUACCUAUUCCACUGGAGGCCGCUGUGGAUAGAAAACUGGACGCACUUCUAGCGAUGGACAUCAUCGAAGUGAAAAGCGGACCUGCUACUUGGGUCUCACCUUUGGUCGUUGUUGGGAAGAAAAAUGGUGAGCCAAGAAUUUGUCUCGACCUUCGACGCGUAAAUCAGGCCGUACUGCGUGAACGGCAUCCUAUGCCGGUCGUAGAAGAAUACCUUGCAAGGUUGGGAAAAGGCACGAUCUGGAGCAAGCUCGACAUUAAGGAUGCAUUUCUACAGGUUGAAUUAGCUCCAGAAUCGAGAGAUGUCACCACGUUCAUUACGAACAAAGGCCUUUUUCGUUUUAAACGACUUCCAUUUGGUUUGGUGGUUGCACCCGAGCUAUUUCAGAAGGUCAUGGACCAGAUUUUAGCUGGGUGCGAAGGUACUCAUUGGUACCUUGAUGAUGUUAUCGUAGAGGGGAAAGACCUGCAGGAACAUGAUAAGCGAUUAAAUGAAGUAUUGAAGCGUUUUGAGGACAGGUCAGUUCUUCUAAACUGGGAUAAAUGUGUGUUCAGGGCUGAAAAGGUUGAGUUUAUUGGUCACCACAUUUCUGACGAGGGCAUUCUUCCAUCAAGUUCGAAGAUCGACGCCAUUCUAUCUUUUCGUCGGCCAGAAAACGCAUCAGAGGUUCGAAGUUUUUUUGGGUCUUGCCAACUAUUUAAAUAAGUUCAUUCCCAACUUGGCGACUCUCGACGAACCUCUGCGAAAACUUCUUCGAUCUGACUCCAACUUUAUUUGGAAUGGGGAGCACGAACAAGCAUUCGACCAAAUUAAAGUGGCAAUGGCAAACGCACAAUCAUUGGGAUUUUUCAAAACGGAAGAUCGUACCGCAGUAAUGGCUGACGCUAGCCCAACAGGACUAGGGGCUUUGCUUCUUCAGACUGAUAGGUCAGGGAACAGUAGAAUCGUUAGUUGUGCAUCCAAGUCGCUAACAGAAACAGAGAAGAAGUAUUGCCAGACUGAGAAAGAAGCGUUGGCAAUUGUCUGGAGUGUUGAACGAUUUUACACUUAUUUGUACGGAAGUGAAUUUGACAUCCUCACAGAUUGUAAGGCUCUUCAGUAUCUGUUCACUGCUCGUUCAAGGCCUUGUGCCAGAAUUGAGCGGUGGGUUUUAAGAUUGCAAGCGUUCGACUAUAAGGUAAUCUACAUACCAGGUGAGAAGAAUACUGCCGAUGUGUUGUCGCGACUCGGAACGCUUACUGCAGUUCCGUUUGAUCCUUCUGAGGAACUCGCUAUUCGGCAAAUUGCGCUGCAUUCGGUGACAACAGCUGCUUUGGACUGGAGAGAGAUUGUGAAAGCUUCGCAAGAGGAUCCAGAGAUUUGCGACGUUCUUGAGCACCUUGAACAUGACAGACCAGACGAAUUACCGCUAUCAUUCCGUAUAGUGGCAAAUGAGCUUUGUAGGUGCGAAGAUGUGCUUUUGCGAUCUGAUAGGAUAGUUAUACCAUCUGCUCUACGUGAUCGUGUACUGCGUGUAGCUCAUGAGGGUCACAUAGGAAUGCGGAUGAUGAAAUCUCAUCUUCGUAGUGCGGUGUGGUGGCCCAAAAUGGACAUUGCAGUGGAACAUUUUGUUAAGAACUGCCGUUCAUGCACUCUGGUGUCUGCACCCGAUCCACCGCUACCGAUGAUCCGAAAGGAUUUGCCAUAUGGACCCUGGGAGGAUAUAGCUGUAGAUUUUCUGGGUCCCUUGCCAGAAGGCCAAACGCUCUUCGUCGUCGUGGACUACUACAGCCGUUUCAUAGAGGUAUGUGAAAUGGUGCAGACCACCGCUAAGGAUACCAUUUUGCAGCUCUCCAAGAUGUUCUGUCGGUAUGGUGUGCCCAUUACACUACGCGCUGAUAAUGGACCGCAAUUGAACUGUGAAGAGCUCCGAAGUUUUUGCGACGAAAUAGGUGUAAGAUUAGUGAACACAAUACCCUAUUGGCCACAGCAAAAUGGGGAAAUCGAGCGUCAGAACCGGUCAAUCUUGAAAAGAUUGAAGAUAGCUCAGGAGCUUGGCCAAGAGUGGAGGAGAGUUCUGGAUCAAUACAUUCUGUCGUAUCAUUCCACCCCACAUCCCACAACAGGACGAUCCCCUUUCGAUUUGAUGUUCGGAAGGCGAAUGCGAAGCAAACUUCCUCAAGUACCUCGAGAAGUACAUAUCGAUGAAGAAACAAGCGAUCAUGAUCGUUUACAAAAAGAGAAAGGUAGAGUUUAUGCUGACAAAAAGCGACGAGCCCAGGAGAGCGACAUUGAAGUUGGAGCAAAGGUAGUGGUUAAAAGAUUUCGGAAAGAUAACAAGCUGAGUACAGACUACUCACCGGAAGAACACACAGUUAUUCGACUGAAAGGAGCUGACGUAACGCUUCGAUCAUUGGAAACCGGAAAGGAAUGCCGUCGUAAUAUUGCGCACUUGAAGAAAUUGCCAGAGAAUUCACCAGACAACGAUAACGAGUCAAGGCCAGAACCACCAACAGAAGAAGUGUUGCCCAAAUGUCAGGAAGGAGGAAAUCACAAAGGACAAGGUACAGGUUCAGCCGGUGAGCUUCCUGUGCAAGACCACGAUACAAACCAUCCGAGACAGCUGCUGCGCCGCGAACGUAGGGAACCUGUGAAGUUCCAGGAUUAUCUUUCACACUAAAAUAAAGUUAAAGGGGGAUUGUAGGAUAGGACACAUAGCUGAAGAUCACAAGUGUAAUGCUAACUUAACUUGAUAUGUAACAAUGCAAUCUGACAACACUGUAAUGAGAGAGAAGGUAGAAAGCGAGUGGCUGGCGUGUGCGUCGGGAGUGGCGUCCAAAAACGGAGAAUAAAAACCUGUGGUAAAAGACGA